AGUUGAAGUCUAACAUAUCUUGCUUACUUACAUUCCCUUGUUGACUGCAAGAAUGGAACUUAAGCACAUACUCAUUUUCAUUUCGGUUCUCUCUCUUGCACUUGCAGGAGGAAGCCAUGCAUCGCUGCCUGAAGAAGAAUACUGGGAAGCUGUUUGGCCCAACACUCCCAUUCCCUCUUCUCUACGAGAACUUCUGAAACCUGGACCUGAAGGUGUUGAAAUUGAUGACCUUCCCAUGGAAGUCGACGACACACAAUAUCCAAAAACAUUUUUCUAUGAACAUGAGCUCUAUCCAGGAAAAACAAUGAAAGUGCAAUUCAGUAAGCGUCCUUUUGCACAACCUUACGGCGUUUAUACAUGGAUGCGUGAAAUCAAAGACAUUGAAAAAGAAGGAUACACAUUUAAUGAGGUAUGUGUAAAGAAAGCAGCUGCAGAAGGAGAACAAAAAUUUUGUGCAAAAUCCUUAGGAACAUUAAUCGGAUUUUCAAUUUCUAAGCUUGGAAAAAAUAUUCAAGCACUUUCAAGUUCCUUCAUUGAUAAACAUGAACAAUACAAAAUAGAGUCAGUUCAAAAUCUUGGAGAGAAAGCAGUGAUGUGUCAUAGGUUGAACUUUCAAAAGGUUGUAUUUUAUUGUCAUGAAAUUCAUGGAACAACAGCUUUUAUGGUUCCAUUGGUGGCUAAUGAUGGAAGAAAAACUCAGGCACUAGCUGUUUGUCAUACUGAUACUUCAGGCAUGAAUCAUGAAAUGCUGCAACAGAUUAUGAAAGCUGAUCCUGGUAGUAAACCUGUGUGCCAUUUCCUUGGAAAUAAGGCUAUUUUAUGGGUACCUAAUUUAGGUUUGGACAAUGCCUAUGGUGCCAAUGCUGCUGUUUAGGAGUACUCUCCAACAUGGACACACCAUGGGAUUGUGUAACAUAAAUAAUGUGUCGUUUGUAAUGAAUGCUCGCAACUUUUCUAGCUAAUUAAGCUAGAGUUGAACUUGAGCUACUUUUAUGUACCCUAAAGAGGCACAAUCUUUGCUGUUGAUGUACUAUGAUCAUGUUAUAAUAUGAUGAAAAUGGAGUGUGCCUCAUUUUAUAAUUUUUA